AUGAAGGGUAAUAAUUGUAUUGAACAAAAUGAAUAUACAGAUAUUGUAAAUAUGCAAAAAGGAAAGAGGAAAAGAAAUGAUGAAGAAGCUAGUGUGGUUUUAUUAAAUAAUGUGGAAGAAUUAUAUAACGACAGUAAUAUGUAUAAUAGUAAUGUAGAUUUGGAUAAUAAUAUAGAUUCAAAUAAUAGUCUAUACAAUUAUAAUAAUACAGAAGGUAGUAAAAAUAAUUGUACAAAUGAUAAUUAUGAAAAUUAUAGUAAAACUAAUGAUGUAGAAAAUUUGGAAAAUAAAGAUAAUAGAAGAGGGGAAUACUCAAACGGGAAAACAAAUAAUAUUAAUAAUAAUGAUAAUAAUAAUAAUAAUAAUAAUAAUAAUAAUAUUGUUGAGGAAAAUAAAAAAUGUUAUGAUGUUUGUACCAUGUCACUUGACGAAAGUGAUCAUGAAAUUGUUAUGGAUAAUGGUAAUGAAAGAAAAAGAGUAAAAUCAUUUAAUGUAAUAAAUGAAAAAACGAAUGCCGAAAUAUUUAGUGAUGAAGAAUCUACGGAAUCUGUUUCAAAUGAUUAUGGAAAAUAUAAACAUAUGAACCCUGAAGAAUUAAUAUCAUUAUACGAAAAUGAACAUGAUUUGAAAAAUAUGAAGGAGGAAAAUAUUCAAUGUGAUGAAUAUUUAGAUAAAAAUUAUAAGGGACAAAUAAUUAUUGAUGGAAAAAAUGAAGUAGAUGAAUUUCUACUAGUUUCAAGAAUAGCACAUGUAGAUUUAUCUAAUCAAAAGGAAGAAAAUGUAUCAGAAAUAAAAAACAUGAAUGAAUUAAAAGUUUCAUAUGAUUAUUGUAUGUCCGAUUCUGAUGAUUCGGGUGAUGAAAAAGAAACAGAUUGUCAAGAAAAUAUAUUAUGUGAUGAUAGACCUACAGAUUCAAAUUCCAUUACCAUGUUAAAUGUAAAAUCGAAUAAAUUUAAAGAUAAUUUGGUAGUAGAUGAGAAGUUUAAAAAAAUGGAUUUUGAUUUAAACAAAAUAGAAAUGGAAGAACAAGAUUAUAAUGAAGAUAAUGGAAAUUUGAAUGACGCUUAUGAGGAUAGGCGAUCACAUGAUGAUGUAGAAGAAGAUAAAAUUAGUGAGUUGAUAAUAGAUGAAUUAAAUGAGGACAUAAUUUAUGAAGGGACGGAUGAUGAGGAAAAGGAUACAAAACAGAUACUUAACAAUAUCGAUAAUACAUUGGUUGUUUGUAUUAAUGAUGUAAUAAAUAAUAAUAAUAAUAAUAAUAAUGAUAAUACAAAUAAUAUAGAGAAUUCAAAAGAAGAAGAAAAUAUUGUAUUAGAAAAAAUAGAACGAUCCAUUCCAUAUGAUGUGAAAUUUUUAGAAAAUAAAAAUAUGUGCAAUAAAAAAAUAAAUCGAAUAAGAUUAAUGGGGGUACCAGAAAGUGUAAAUGAAAAUAUGGAUAUUAAAAAAAUAGGAAAAUUAAUUCAAUUCGACAAUGAUAUUUUAACAAUUCAGUCUGAUCCUUGUGAACAUUAUUUAAGUGUUGCAUCUGUUUUAUGUUUAGAAAACCGUAAAAUUAUUGGUUGUAUAAUUAAUGUAAAUUCGAAUGAAACUGAAGUUUUUUAUUAUGCCAAAUUAAUGUUUCCAUAUCUGAAAGAUGAGAUAAAAGAAAAUAUUGAUAUUUAUGUGGAUGUAAAACAUUCUUUAUAUAUGAAUGAAGGUACAACCGGUAUAUGCUCAGAAUUAUUUGAUGCUUUUAAAAAUGCAUCCAUUCCAUAUGUCUUUAUUAAUUAUAAUGAUUUGUAUAACAUUGCAGAUUCGCAAAUGCAUGACAAAAGCACCAACAAUAAUAAUAACAAUAUUGAUAAUAAUAAUAAUAUUGAUAAUAAUAAUAAUAAUAAUAUUGAUAAUAAUAAUAAUAAUAAUAAUAUUGAUAAUAAUAAUAAUAAUAUUAAUAAUAGUAAAAAUAAUAAUAAUAAUAAUAAUAAUCAUAAAACUUUGAAUAAAAUAAUUAAUAUAUCACAACCAACUUGUGUUGGUACUUAUAAAACGUUCAAAGAUUUUUAUACCCAUAAAGUGUUAAAAAAGAAUAGCGUAAAUAACAGUUAUAAAAAUAUUUCAAAGACAUUUGUUAAAACACAUAAUCCAUAUAAAUAUAAAACUCAAAGAUCAUCUGUAGAUAAUAAUAUAAUGUAUAAAAGUGUAAAUCAUAAAUAUAAGAACUUAACAUAUGUCAAUAUAAGAAAUAAUCAACCAAAUAAUGUAAAUAAAAAUGUGAGUACAAAUAAUAUCGUAACUCCUAAUACAUUAUCGAAUGGAAAUAAUUCCAAUGGAACAAUGAAUAUAAGAAAUGUAAAUUCAAAAAGUACAUUUCAAGUUGGUUCCAGUAAUAAGGUGAAUAGUAAUCGAAGUUUAAUAAACAAAAAUAUUUAUAAUGUUCCUUUACAUAUGAAUAAUUUUUAUGUACCACAUAAUUGUAAUGAACCUAAUAUAAACACAAAGUAUUAUAAAAAUUUCAAUAAUAAUAAAUAUACACAUAAUUUUAUCAAUAAACGACAAAAUUUGAAUAAUAUAGCAAAGAAUAUGACAAAUCCUCCAACUUAUGGACAUAAUACAUACAGGAGAUAUAAUUCGUUAAGUAGAACAUAUCAUCAAAAUAAUACAAACUAUGAUAUUAAUAUAAAUACCUUCCAAAAUGCAACAACAAUUAACAAUCCUAAUGCUCCCCCAUGUGUAGGAAAUAUGAAUAAUUUGAACAAUAUUAAUAAUAUGAAUAAUGUAAAUAAUGUAAAUAAUGUAAAUAAUAUAAAUAAUAAUUAUACUUUUCUUAAAACACAAUCGCGUAAUAAUUUAAGUAUAGAUAACUCCAGAAGAAUGAGCUUUAAUCGAAAUAGUUAUAUAUCAAAUGUUCCAACAAAUAAUUAUAAUAAGAAUUUUUAUAAUCAAAUAAAUAUGAGUACAACAAAUAAUAUAAAUAAAACCCUAAAAUAA